UCUCUGGCAGGCAGAUAACUUCCUCUCUCGUCUCAUUCUGUCACUUCUCAACCAACAUGUUGAAGUUCAGAAGCUCCUCACUGAGAUCAGCAGUCCGCCUGCUCUCUCCUGCUGCUCCUGCUGCUCCUGCUGCUCAGUUCACGCCCUCUGGUGGUUCGAGAGCGCCGACCAGCGAGCUGAAAUUCGACACAAAGCUCACACUGAUGCCAGAGUUGUCGCUGCAGUCAGAGACAGCGUCGUCCAUCUGGACUCUCAGGAGAAUAAACUCAUGUUCCCGUGUCCCUUCUCGCCACUCAAGUAA